AUCCUGAGAUUCCCCUCCCCUGGAGAGGGAAGAUUGGGGUGGGAGAGGGAGUUGUAUGUAUUUGUCUCUCUCUCAGGACACAGUUCUUGAUCAUCUUGAUUUUCGGAGAGAGACACAGAGUCCCCUCAUCCCAAACUGUCCCAGCCGUUGGGCGAGGACAGCGCCUGCUGCUUUAACCUCUCCCUCCGGGUGCAGGAAUUGUCCGCUGCGCCUUUAACUGUGGUCGUUACACCGGCGGCGGAGCUGCAGGAAGAAGCAGCAGCAGCUCGUGGUGCCCUGUCGGCUGCUCCCCUCCGGCUCCCGGCGCUGCAGCCUGAACCCCGGGAGAGGUGCCGCUAGAGGCAGCCGAAGCAAACAAAUGUGGCCACGGAGCCCAAGACGUCUUGUCUCCCAGUGCGCUAGGAGAGCUCCAGCGGCGAGCCGCUAGGGCGCAGCCGGCUUGGAGAGCGGCGGCCUCGGGCAGGUGCGGGACUCGGUGCUGAGCUGCAGGAGCCGAGGCGCCCGGGGAGAUGGCGAAAGCCUCACGCCCAGCUGGUCCGCGCAGAUUCAGUGGCGCUCAGUGGCACAUGCAGAACAUCAUUAAUGACUCUGUGGAGAGCUCAGAUGAUGAAUUUUUUGAUGCCCGAGAGGAGGUGGUGGAAGGGAAGAGUGCCAUUCUCAUCGGAAUGAGCCAGUGGAACUCCAAUGACUUGGUAGAGCAGAUCGAAACAAUUGGGAAGCUGGAAGAAAAUCAAG